AAUUGUUGUGCUUGAAAAACCUUGGAAGCAAUUCACCGGAAAACUCGGCAUUAUGCCUAGUGGAGAUGGGUAUGAUCAGGUGGUUCUACUGGUGGCACGAUGAUACCCCAAUAGUCCAUGAGUGAUUCAAAUUUGAUGUUCAAAAAAAAACCUUAAGAUCCAUUAGGAUAAUGAUACACUAUAAAUAAAAUAUAUCUAUAGAGUCAAAUAUAGCUAUAUAACUAUAUUAUUGUUUAACAAAACCCCUUUCUAGAGUCAAACGUAUAACAUGAAACUUAAAAUGCAUGUAUAUUGUUCUUAAGAACAGGUAUUCAUGAGGUUUCAUGAUCCUGCUUGUGAGUUUUUGUAACACACUUGACCUAUAUUCAUGGUUUUUGGGCAAUAAGAUUCAAUCUAAAACUUCUUACGCUCCGUGCGCAAAACAUUUAACCAUAAACCAUAAAUCCUAAACACUAAUGUAUAAAAACUAGAUCUUCACUAUAAGGAAACAGGAAAAAAAAGACAAUGACAAAAAUGGUCCCCUUUAUUUAGAACAAGUAGACCAGAAAAGCAAAGGACAAAGCUCAAGUAAAAUGAAAAAGUGAAGUAAAGUGAUCACAAGAUCUAUGGCGGGCCUUUCUUUUAAACUUCAAAUACAACAGCCACCAACAGUAGUCAAUUGUUCACAUAACAAACUACCUGUUUUAACUUAAUUCUUCUCGAAAUCGACGAAUUCUCAUACAUCAUCCAUUUAUAUAUUUUAUAACAAAGAAAAAGCCAAGAAGAAGGCAACUUCUUUGAUGUCAAAUAUGUCUCUAAAGAAAUUGGUAUUGAGGUUCAAGAAGGUGAAAGAUGGCGAUGAACCCGAAUCAGAAAACGCGCGUUUUCACAAUUGGAUGUAUAAUUUGGAUAACCGGCUGAAUGUUUCACCGGUAAGUGCUUCAAGUUUCAAGAAAAUGGCGUCGAAUGGAAGAACGAUGAAAGAGUUGAUUGGUGAAGAAGAAGAAGUGAAAAAGAUUGUGUUUGAAAAGAAAUCUGAGAGCAUAAUUCAAGCAACAUCUCAAGAUUGUUUGAAGUCAAAGUCAAAGUCAACCGUUGACUAUACAAGAACACGAUCAACAAGGUCGGGUUUGGAAGAGUUAAGGAAGCUAAAAAACAAGAAGAUCAAAGACAUCAUGUUGAAGAAUGAGGAACAGAGGAAAUGUGUUGAUGUAAGCAAAAAAACAAGUAGGAAAAAGUCAAAACCGGGUUGUAAAGUCAACGCAUGUACGCCACGAACGCUCGCCAGAGUGGAAUGCAGAAUCAAAGCUCUUGAAGAUAUGAAAAAAACAAGGGUGAAGAUGAACAAAGAGAGAGAAAUUAAGGAUGCAUUUAGAGCUUAUGCUGAUAGUUUUGCGGUUUUGAAAAGAUCAUUUGAUCCGCAACAAGACUUCCGAGAGUCGAUGAUGGAGAUGAUCAUGGAGAACGGAAUCAGGCGAAGAGAAGAGCUCGAGGAGCUUUUGGCUUGUUACUUGACAUUAAAUUGUGAUGAAUAUCAUAAUCUUAUUGUUAAGGUGUUCAAAGAUGUAUGGUUAGAAUUAAACCAAGUCUAUUUUGAUCCAUAUUUUUAGUUUUCAGAAUUAUCUG